UAUCGAUUAUUUUAUAUAAUGUUUGGACUUUCGCAAGAUCAAGCGACAAUCGAUUAUUAAAUAUGAAUAAUAUAUUGUAUUAAUUAAAAAUUUCUUUUUUAACAAAUAUAUAUAUAUAUAUAUAUAUAUAUAUAUAUAUGUGUAUAUAUAUAUAUAUAUAAAGUAAUCGUUAAUAGAUUAUAAAAUUAUCAUUUUUAAAUCUACCGCAAAAAGGAUGUCAGCCAAUGAGAGUUUGAUCUUUAUGGCGCAAGUGCCAUUAUAUCCGUGCACUCAACCGAUCGUGCGAACGUGCAAUAUAUUUCCUCGGAUGUUGUCUAUUUUUGUAGAAACUCAUCGUAGAAUAGAGUUUUAAUGGUUAAUAGAUAAAAUCCGAUCAGAAAUGUAGAUAUCUUUAUUUUCCUGGUUAUGUUUCCCUCUUUUCGUUGUUGAAAUCGCAUAAAAAAAAUAUUUUCCCCCUUUCCUUUUCAAUAUGAGAGCGUUCACGCGCUCGCGCAUACCAUAACCAAGUCUAAAAUGAUUUCCAUAAUCUCUUAAGUAUUAUAGAAACGAGUUUAAUUUGUUAUAAUUAUGGAACCGUAUGAAUAUACCUUUAAAAUUGGUCUCGUUUGUCCGGAUUUGAAGGGGAAAAAAAAAAAAAAAAAAGAAAAAGAAAAAACAAAUAGAAGAAAAAGACGAGAUUUCAAAUAAGGAUAUUAUUAUUUGGAAGAAUUCCUAAAUUUGGACCAUAAUAGAAAACGAAUGAUAUAUAUAUUCCUAUACGUCGAGUUCUGAUUGUUAUCUCUUAUUUUCUCUUUCAUUAGUACACUUUUUUUAUUUUUUUAUUUUUUUUAUUUAAGUCGAAUAAAUCGGAAAGGAGAUGACAAAUGUUGCAUUAAAAUGAAAACAAUCAUAUAAAUUAUAAAAAUAUAUAUCCCAAAGAGAGAGAAAGAGAGAGAGAGAGAGAGAGAAUGAGAGAGUGAGUAAGAGAGAGAGAGAGAGAGAGAGAAUGAUGCGCGCCGAUCGCGAUCCACGCUUGGUUUCUUCUUAAAGAAAGAAAAAUAAGUGAGUGGGGGCGGAAGUAAUCGCUCGGGAUAUACUAUAUUCUCUUAUGCACUUUGAUGUACUUCGUGACAGGACAGGUGAAAAAGCUUGGAGAAACUGUGUUAUCGAAUACUGACAAUUCCGAAAGUGCACAGUGUCGUAUUCGUGCACUCGAAUAACGGUGAAAGUUGUUCUGUGUUUAGAGAUGUGCAGAUGAUGUUUUUUUCUUUUCUUUUCUUUUCUUUUCUCUCUUCCUUUUUUUUUCCUUUUUUCUUUUUUUCCUUUAACAUCCAUUAAAAAAUACGUCACAGACGAUAUAUAUAUAUAUGUAUAUAUAUAUAUAUAUAUAUAUAUAUAUAUAUAUUACGAGCGAGUAAACGUAUGAAAAUAAUUGGGAGUCGUCUCGAUCAUCGCUGAGAGAAGAAAACGUAACGGGGCUCCCUUCUUUUCGUUUUGUUCGGGACGAUAUAUACGUUUCUUAUCCAUAAAGUAGGAGGGCCUCAAUUAUAUAUAUAUAUAUAUAUAUAUAUGUGUGUGUGUGUGUGUGUGUAUAUAUAUUUUUUUUCUAUAUUACCAUAUAAAGAAAGAGAAAAAAAAUCAUCGUGUCCUCGACAUGUUUAUGUUAAAGUGUUCAUCGAUAUGGUUUUAUAAUUUUGCAGUCAGCUUAUGCAAAUGAAAUAUACCGAUGAUAAGAAUUUCUCUUAGAAUUAAUCGCUUAGCCAAUGUCGCGCCUAGUGUUUACAACGCAUAAAGAGCUAUGACAAAUGUGAAGUUGUAUCAAUAUAAUGCAUUGUUGGAAGAUGAUCAUGGGAAAGGAUCAUAUGUAUGUAAUAAUUUGAUACAUUGCACGUUGGAUUUUAUCUCGCAGCAAGUGCUGGAGCAAACUGCCCUAAAAAAAGUCAGUAUGCACAGCUCUUGUCUGUAAGUGGCAGUGAAAUUAGAGAUUUUAAAUCAGGGGAUGCCUAGCCUACACUCGCUCGUCGUACGACGAGCCCCCUUAAUGGAUAUGGGCACGACAAAUAGUUCAGUAACUUCUGUUAAUCCACCUAAUAAAACUGUCAACAAUCAGAAGAAAAUAGAUAAGACCAAUAAACUCACUGGUAUAAGAUUACCCUUGUUACGUAAAGAAUCAAGUGUAGUCAAUCUUUCUUUAACCGAAAGAACUUUACCAGGAAAAGGCAUAGAUUCUCCACUUUUAAGGCCUGAAAGCAGUGCUAGUUUAGAAGCUCGAGGCAGCAGUUGGAUUAAUUUAGCUCCUGGCGCUCUUAGAAAAUGUGAAACUGCAGUUGGAUUAAGUACGUCAGCUCUAGAGGGUAGAGCUAUCAAUCGCAGUAGAGUUUGCUCUCGCUGUUCUAGUUUGUUGUCAUUGGCAUCUAGCUCGAGAUACAGUUUAGCUGCUGGAAAUUUUGUUCCAACAGGUUCACAACAAACAGUUGGAAGAAUCUUUUGUAAGCUUUGUCUUACUGAUACAUCCCUAUCCAAAACAUUUAAAAUUGAAGGCUGUGGUUGUUUCUAUUGUAAAGAUUGUAUGAAAGCAUAUGUCGAAUUUGAAAUUGAAGAAGGUGCAUAUGAAAUUAGCUGUCCAGAUGCACAAUGCGAACAAGGUGCUAUCCUUUCGUUAAAGGAAAUUAGAAGUCUUGUUAGUGCAGAGUUAAUGGAAAAACAUUGCAAGUUUCGUUUGAACAGAGAUGUUUCAAUGGAUACAAAACGUGCGUGGUGUCCACGUGCAGGCUGUGAAACAAUAUGUUCAAUCAAUUCCAAUGGAAGUAGUAGUACACCUCCUGGACCUGUCCACUGUCCUAACUGUUCCACAGAUUUUUGCUCCUUGUGCAGAGAAGCAUGGCACAAUGGACCCUGCUCCGAUCUUCCAUUAGGUAUACCAUUUGACAGUGAUCAUAUUAAAUGCUGUCCCAUGUGUUCUGUACCUAUUGAAAAAGACGAAGGAUGUGCACAAAUGAUGUGUAAAAGAUGCAAACACGUUUUCUGCUGGUAUUGUUUAGCUUCUUUAGAUGAUGAUUUUUUGUUGAGGCAUUACGACAAGGGACCAUGUAAAAAUAAAUUAGGUCACUCACGAGCAUCUGUAAUAUGGCAUAGAACACAAGUAAUUGGGAUAUUCGCCGGUUUUGGUUUGCUCCUACUUGUCGCGUCUCCUUUACUACUUUUGGCUGCUCCAUGUAUAGUUUGCUGUAAAUGUCGUAUUUGCGGUUCUUCUAGACUUGAACAAGAGGACGGCGAUACUGCAACAUAGAAACUGUAAAAUAUUUUGAGCCCCUUUCUUAAUCUUACAUAUUAAUAAUCUUUCUCUUAUAAAAAUGGAACGAAUAAGGUAGCUUCUCUCAUAAAUGAGCAAAUAUAAUAAUUGGCAUUUUAUAUAGAUAUACAUUGAUUUUUAAUGAUAUUUCAUUUGUAAAAAAAAAUAAAAAGAAAAGAAAGAAAAAGAUUUACUUAUAUAUUAGAUAAUAAAUAUUUUUGUUCAGGGUUUUUUUUUUUUUAUUUUAUAUAAAGCGAAUUUCUUUUUUUAUCCAAAGCGAAUUAUAAUUUUAUGGUACUAAUUUAGGAUUUUCGAAUAUUCGUAGCUAUUGUUAUAAUUAUGCAAGAACAUUCCAGGAGAAUCACUAUGUUUGUGAAAUAUUAAUUUUAUACUGCCAUGUAGAUUAUGCAUUGUACUCUUAUUUACAAUGGAAAUAAUGAUUAUUACUUUAUGGUUUUUUUAUUUCUUUUUGACUUUAUGUGAUAAGAACGUGUGACAUGCAGAUUGAAACAGUGUAUAUCUAUAUGUGUGCCUAAAAUAGGAACUCAGUGAGGCUCAGACUUAAGCUUCGACUGAUAUUUUAAUUGUGGAUUACACUAUACAAUAUUCCACUUGUUCAUAUUUUAUUUAUGGGUACUUUCAUAUAUUUACUUUUGGUGAAUUAACAGUGUGUACAUUGCAUGUACAUUAUUAUAGAAAAUAUAAAAUAAUUUGGUGGGGUAAAUAGAGCACGCAUUAUAAAAAUUGUAUAGAUAUAUCAAAUCUAUAGUGUUGAUAUAUUGUUAUAAUAACGACUUGAACUCUCUAAAUGAGUUCAAAAAAAUACAUAUGUGACUAUGUUUAAAAUUACAAUGUUAUAUGUAAUAAGGCAGAAUGUGUAGGUUGCUAUUGAUUCAAGCAGCCGUGCAAUUCUAUUUGUUUUUUUGAUGGUACAUAGAUGUCAUAUCUUGAAAUAUAAUUUUUUUUUUGCUCCUGAAGGUAAGAGCAGCCAUAGUUUAAAAUAACACACACACAUAUACAUAUAAACAAAAUAUAACGCUGCUGUAAUGAAAAUAAUCUUGUUGUUUCAUGUAAAAUAGGACAACUUAAUGUAAUGUUAAGUAGUCUAGGUAAAAAAUACCAAUUUUUUUCUUUUUUAUUCGAGACAAGAAUUAUAAUCAAUUUUUUUCUUUGUUAUAUAUUCGGAUAUAUUAUUUCGUUUAGAAAGUCUUCAAUAUAUAUAUGUAUAUAUACAUAUAUACAUAUAUAUAUAUAUAUAUAUAGUGAAAUAAUUCUUAAUAUUUUAUUUACUAUAAUAGAGAUUUAUUUUAUGUAAAUAAAAGCAUAAAACAAAGUAAUACAACUAUAUGUGUGCAUAUGUUGUAAAACUAGAGCUACAAUAAGUUAUAUUUUUAAGCUUGGUAUAUAGCAAUUAUGUAUAUUUUGUAUCAUAGUGAACGAUUAUGGCUGCCAAAUUUGCACAUCAGAUUUAUUAUAAAAUAUUAACAAUGAGCAAAAAAGUAUUACCGAAGAAAUAUAAUUUGCUUUAUAUGUUCGGAAGAAAAUGUAAAUUUUUUAUUAUUAGCAGGAUUUAUAUAUAUAGAAUCUUUUUUUGCAUAUCCAAGUUUAUUAAAUAAUCAUUUACUUUAUUGUUUACGUUUAAGCAAGCAUUUUAAUUUUUUAUUACGAACAAAUAUAUCGUUAAACGAUGAACGACUUUGAAUAUUUUAUGUUGUAUCUUUUAUUAUAAUAUUCAAAAAAAAAAAAAAGAAAAAAAGAAAAAAAGGAAAAAAAAAAAUAAAGAAAAAACAAUUUUUUUUUAUUAUAACUUUCUUAAGAAUAGUCGCAAAUCUUGGAAAAAUAAGUGAAGAUAAAGUUACGAUGUAUCGGCGAUAGACUUAAUAUAGAUGUAAAAAUGCUUAAAAAAAAAAAAAAAAAAAAAAUAAGAAAAAGAAAAAAAAAAUAGAAAAAAAAACUUUCAUUUUGUAAGUAAAAAUUCAAAUAUACUGCGCAUUAGUUCUUGUAUAUACAUAAUGGCAAGAGGUGCAAAUGCAGAUCAUAAUUGAUCGGUGUGUGUGCAUUUAAUUGGUUGUAUAUGAUCAUAACUAUUUUGAGAUUUUAUUUUUCUUCUUUUUUAUUAAAAAUAACACUUCUCAUUCUUUUUUUUUUCUUUUUUUUUUUUAUGUUAACUAGACAUUUAUUUAUUUUUUUUUUCUUUUUUUCUGUAAUUUUUCAUGUAAUCAGUGCUUCUUGGUGAAGGAUAUUAGUAUAUUCACUUCGUUUAUACAUUUUGCGAAGGAAUUUACUAAUUACGUCUGUUUACUAGAUUUGCAUUUAUAAUAUUCUCGUAUGUAUGCGUUUCAAUUCUCUUCACUUUCCAUUUUGAUAACGCAGAUAAUUGCGUUAUAAUUAAAUGCUGUAAACAGUUAAGAAAAUAAAUUCGAGAUAUGCCCGCGCCGUACCUGUUUAUAGAUAAAUAUGUUUUAUAUAUAAAACGUUUGUUGUGUAAUUAUUUA